AAAUUUUCUUCAAUCACUAGUGUACAUUAGCAUAAAAGUUAAAACACAGCUCCACUCCGAUUCCCUCGCCCCUUUCUUUCGUUGUCCCUGCGCUCUCAUCGGCGAUCAGAAUUUUAACGUUCAUGGCGACUCCAGACCGGCAGACUCCUGCACAUAAUCAGACCUCGAUAUCUUCUGUGAAGUCCACUCUCAGAGCAUACCACGUUCCUCUUUUGUUUCUCAUGGCUGCGCUGUUCUGUCAGUUUGUCGUUUUGCCGAGUAACUUUCCGCCAACCCACUACGAUGUUUUGGGGAUCCCCAAGUAUAGUUCCAUUGAAGAAGUAACUCGGGCCUACGAAAAGAUCACCUCCAAAUGGAAUUCAAGCGUUUUAGUUCCUCCAGCAGUAGAUUUUAUCAAGGUCCGGUAUGCCUUUGAGCUGCUGACAGAUCAGUUGUUGAAGAGAGAUUAUGACAUAUUUAACAUUGACGAACAUGUUCACAUUCUUGAAAAGGUUGAGGAGCAUUAUUCUGGGAAACAUAUUUCUGAAAUUGACCUUCCAUUGCUAAAGGCUGCUUCCUUUGAUCCUGCAGAUCAGGAUUACAGGUUUAUCAACUCCAAGAACUUUUUAUCCAUGUUUGAAGAGGACAAGGCUUUGCUGCUACAGGUAACUUCAUCUAGAAGCAACCGUUGUGCACAAUUUUCUACUACAUGGAAGAGAGUUGUUAAUUUGCUGAAUGGGGUUGCAAAUACUGGAGUGGUUGAACUUGGUGACGUUCAUCUUGCUAUAUAUUUAGCUGAGAAAAAACCCAGUGGAAAGCCCUUCUUUAGAAGAGGACUUCCAGUAGUUUUGGCUUUUCCACCUCGGUGUAAAAGUUCAAGUUGUCUUUCUAGGUACAAGGGUGAGCUCUCUGUUGAUGGAAUAACAGACUGGGUGGCUACAAGCAUCCUCAAUUUACCUCGCAUUCCAUAUUACUUCAAGGAGUCAGUGGUGCAUAAUUUUCUGGCUAAGGGUAAACCUCAUCAGGUUAAAGUAAUUUUCAUCUCAAAAACUGGAGAACGUGCUACUCCAUUAAUUCGUCAGGCCGCUAAAAACUAUUCGCCAUAUGCCACGUUUGCCUUCACUCUAUGGAAAGAAGACGAAUCUGCUUUCUGGUGGAAUAUGUUUCGUGUGGAUUCUGCUCCUGCGAUAGUAUUUUUGAAAGAUCCCGGAGUUGAACCUGUUGUUUAUCAAGGAUCGGUCAAUACUUCGUCGUUGAUAGAUAUUUUGGAGAAGAACAAAAAUCAUGUGCUUCCACAGCUGAGAAAUGUAACUUCAAUGGAGUUAGGCUGUGACGUCCAUGGCUAUUCACGCGCCGGAAGUGGUACCAAGAUUUGGUAUUGUGCCCUUGUUGCUGGGAGGCCAAGCCAGGAACUCAAUGAAAUGCGUGAAAUCAUGCGCAGAGUGCAAGAUAAACUUUCAAACUACGGGACGACGGAUGUAGCUGAUCAAGAGCCCAUGUCAGCUCCAGCAGCCAUAGCACUGAAACAGAAGCGACUCACAUUUGCUUGGCUAGAUGGGGAGGCACAGCAUAGGUAUUGUUUCUUCCACAUUCAUUCAGAAAAUAGCUAUGAGACAUGUGGACCUAGGAAGAGUCUGACGGAUGUAGCUAGGUUGUUUAUUGUGCGUUAUGAGAGGAACCCUAACUCUGAGAAAGUGGACACGUCGAAACAGGCAAACAGUAUCUUCCAUUCUUUGUAUCAUACUGAAGCUGAUCCAGUAUCCACACUUGUUGCUAAGUACAACGGAUCGGGCGAAAUUUCAGAGAUCAUAACAUGGAUUUCUCAAACAAUUAAAGAUGGUGACACCAGAGAACUCCCUCCUUUUAAAACAAGAGCUCCUGAGCUGGUGCCUGAGGACGGAGAUCAGAUCUGGUCAAAGAGUUCCAACUUGAUUUCUUCUGGAAGAAACAUGAGAGAAUGGAUCAGUGGAUUCAUAUCCAGUAUACCUGAUCACCUUAGCGAUCCAAGAAUCGGCCCUUCCUUGAUGUUGGUUGCUUUGAUGUCAUCUGGUCUGAUUUAUCUGAACAGAAGCCGAUCAAUUAAACCCGGCAACCAAAACGAACCUAACCAAGAAAAGGAUGAGAACAAACCAGGGCGAAGGAGUAGACGAAGAAAAGCCUCAAACCAACCUAUACCGCCUUCCAUCACUGACGUAGAGCCAAAAGAUGCAAAACAAAUACCAUUGCUCUCGGAUUCUGAAUCCGAAUAAAGAACUGGUUUUUGUUCCGCGUUUUAUGGUAGGAAAGACUUGCUGCGAUCAGGAACAAAUAUUGAAGGGGUUGAAAUUGCAAGCUACACUGAAGUUUUUACAUAUUUAUUCUUGAUGCAACUCAUUUUUUCCUGCAUAUAUUGCAAUAUUGGAGACGGUAGAGAUAUAUUUGUGUUGGAUAAUAACAAGGUUGAUUUUGGCUGAGAUGUAAAUAUUAGGAGUACUUAUAAACAGUUCAGAAGUCGAUUCGGAUAUCUUUCCCUUCCAUGUUAA